AUUCCCUGCUAUUAUAAGUGUUUGAUUUCUUUAUUUUCUCGAUGGUUACUGUGAAAACCGUGAAGAAAUAAAUGUAUCUAGUUCUGCUAGGUUUGGUUUGAGUUGGGUUAUUGACUUAUUGUUCCAUUGGUUCCGGAAAACGUUCUAUCCGAAAGUUGUUUUCUUCUCUUUUGCUGUGUUUUCUCAUCAACCAAAUGCAUCCCGAUUGCUUGUUUUGUUGUUUUGAUGUGAUCUUUGGUGUCGUUGGGUUGAACUUUUUUAGAAAAUCGUCGUCAUGGGAAAGGCUUACCCUAUUGUGAGCGAGGAGUACCAGAAAGCAGUCGAGAAAUGUAAGAGAAAGCUCAGAGGGUUCAUCGCUGAGAAGAAAUGUGCUCCACUGAUGCUUCGACUAGCAUGGCACUCCGCUGGGACUUACGAUGUGAAGACAAAAACAGGAGGUCCGUUUGGGACAAUGAAGCACCCAGAGGAGCUUGCUCACGAAGCUAACAAUGGUCUUGAUAUUGCUGUCAGGCUAUUGGAACCGAUCAAGGAGCAAUUUCCGAUCCUCUCUUAUGGAGACUUCUACCAGUUGGCUGGAGUUGUUGCCGUUGAAGUUACUGGAGGGCCUGAGAUCCCUUUUCACCCUGGGAGACAGGACAAAUCUGAACCACCCCCAGAAGGUCGCUUGCCUAAUGCAACUAAAGGUUCAGACCAUCUAAGGGAUGUAUUUGGCCACAUGGGUCUCAGUGACAAGGAUAUUGUUGCACUAUCUGGUGGUCAUACUCUGGGGAGGUGCCAUAAAGAGCGCUCUGGAUUUGAAGGACCCUGGACUACUAAUCCACUCAUCUUUGAUAACUCCUACUUUAAGGAGCUGCUUAGCGGGGAAAAGGAAGGUCUUAUCCAACUGCCAUCAGACAAGGCUCUCCUAGAGGAUCCAGUCUUCCGCCCACUGGUUGAGAAAUAUGCUAUGGAUGAGGAUGCCUUCUUUGCUGACUAUGCUGAAGCCCAUUUGAAGCUCUCAGAACUUGGAUUUGUUGAUGCUGAGGAACAAGGAUGAGCUUGUUGGUCAUUGGAGUCUAGCAUCUAGAGAGUGGAGACAUGUCUGUAUGUUGUGAUUAUGUCUAUUUCCUACAUGAAGUUGCUCAAAAGGAAGUUCUCGGUGAUUUGGGUUUGUGGUAAUCUUCUGUGUUUGGGUUGAUGUGAUAACCAUGUUAUGGCUACCGUGUUCAUGUAUUUUGUGGGUCAUUUCCUGGCAAAACAAUUGUCUUAUUGCUUUGAAACUAGGCUACUAAUAGCAUGCGCAAUUUCCUAGAAGUGUCCUGCGGGAACAAGUGGGACCUUGAUCAUCAA